AUGCCCUCGUCGACGCGGCAGCCGCAGGACGCCAAGGUCGCCGUCACCACGCUCUCGGAGCUCAACUCGCACUUUGCGCAGCUCAAGCUCGACCUCGCGCUGCCAGAGACCGAGGACUCGUGGCAGAAGCUCGACCGCGCCCUCGCGCGCCUCCAGGCCAUCACAAAGGGCGGCGCCGCAAAGUUCCCCGAGUACAUCCCGCUCCUCAAGCAGAUCGCCGCGCCCAUCAACAACUCGCUCCUCUCGGAGCGCACGCGCCUCUCGGGCACCGCGGGCGACUUGAUCAACUCGGUCGCGCCCCGCCUCGUCGAGCGCUUCGACGCCCUCGUCCCCAUCUUUGUGCCCACCCUCCUCGCCAUCUGCGCCCGCACCAACAAGGUCGCCGUCAAGCGCGCCGAAAAGAGCCUCGUCCUCAUCUGCAAGCACUGCAAGCUCCCCUCGCUCGUGCCCCUCCUCAAGGAUGCCGCGCGCGACAAGAGCCAGGGCCUCCGCGCCGUCGCCAUGGGCUGCAUCCUCGCCCUCCUCGAGUCGACCGAGAAGGCCAAGCUCGCCAGGAGGAUCUCGGACAUCGAGGCCAGCAUCAAGGGCAGCGCCACCGACUCCAACCCAGAGGUCCGCCAGAUCUCCAAGAGGGUGUUUGAGCUCUACAUUGCCAUGUGGCCCGAGCGGGUCGAGUCCUUCACCAAGCCACUCACGCCGACCAUCCGAAGGUACCUCGCCCUGCCCAAGACGGGCGCCCUGAUCGUCGACGUGCCCGUCCAGGCGGCUUCGGUGGCGUCAACAGCCGCAGCGCCGCCAUCCCGUUCAUCCGCGUCAGCGGCCCCUUCUGCAUCGUCCUCGCGUCAUGCCCAAAAGGCGACCCCAGCAUCGGAACGCCGAUCGGCCGCACCGACGAGGGCCGAGUCGCACCACGCGGUCGACGCGCCCGAGCCCGCCAACUUCCCCUCGUCCUCAUCGUCGAGCUCGAAACGCCCGCUCUUCGCCGACCAGCUCUCGGCCGUGCGCUCGCAACAGAAGGCCAGCCGGGGCCCGCAGGUCCACGACGGCGGUGCUCUUGCGUCGAUGCGAGCCCCGCUGCCGGUCGACGCUGGCCGACACGAACGGCACCGCGAGAUCGACGUACGGCUCGACCCGCUGUCUCUGCCGUCAUCGUCAUCGAGGCGCGCGCUGCGAUAUUACGAGGAGCCCGAGCCCGAGCCGCCUACCAUCAGUGCCGGCCUGAGGGCGUCAAUCUCGAGCCGGAGCGCCACCUCUGCGACGACGACGACGCCGCACGCAGCCAGCCUGUCGUCGUCGACCAGCUCGCACAAGAAUCCGCUGUCGGUCUCGCUCGGCCCGUCAUCGUCGUCGUCCUCGCGGCACCUGGGCAGCUCGACGAGCGGAAACGCCAUCACGUCCUUUGCGGCCGCGUCCGGGCUUCACGGCAGGAGCCAGAUCCUCGCUGCUUACAGCCAGGCAUUCAGCAAGGAUCACCUGCGCACGUCGUCGCAUCCGGACCUCGGCAGCCUGGCCUCGUCGUCGUCGUCGUCCAAGGGCCCAUCACGGGGGAACGCGGGUGCGCUCGAGAGCGGCGACGACGAAGGCGGCAAUCGGCCCCGGCAGGGCAAGCCGUUGCCUUCUCGGAGUCGAUCUGACGACGCAACCCCGUCGGAUCCGAUCGCGUGGCUUCCACACCACCAGGAGAAUGGGCCAGCGCCGCAGAGAGACCACGCGUCCAAGCCCCAGUCUGGCGAUGGUGGCCACGCUGCGCCGAGCGAGGGAGUCGCAGAGAGGCUGGUCCGCCAGCUGCAGAAGAUGCAGGACAGUGCGGGGUCAGACGAGCGGCCCGGCAGGGCAGAAGGAGCGUCGUCGUCGUCGUUGUCGUCGUCGUCUUCGGCCGGCGCGCCCACGGGCAGCAGCGGCGGCGCAGCAGCGGGUCAGUCGCAGACGAAACAGCAGGUCAAGGCUUCUCGGGUUCCCGCGACAAGGCCGGUGGCCCCGGCCAAGGCCUCAGCGGCGAGGGUGUCGAGACCCACUCCGACGCCGUCUGCGAGCCGGACAUCGGCGCUCCGGGCAUCCACCACGUCGUCUACGGCGUCGACGCCAGCACCGGCGAGUGCCACUCCCAAGGCACGGGAAGGGCAAUCAGACGGCGGCGCUGCGUCGGAGGACAAGGCAGCCGACGAGCGUGGUCAAACAGGAUCAGGAUCGGGGUCAGGAUCAGGCGCAAGUGCUGUGGCGGCCAGUCACGGCCCGAAGGAACAGCGCGUUGACGCGGAGGCAGCCGAUGCGCGGUCGACAUCGAGGCCAGCCGGUGGCACGCAAACACCGGCAGCUCCGUCGGCAAAGACAUCGCAUCCCGUUGGCUCGAGCAGCGCUGCGCCCAAGCCGACGGGCAGCACCACGGGCAAGCCGCGCGUCGUCGUCGUACCGACGGGCGGGGGCAAGCAGUUCCAGCCCAAGCCGCUGGCGGGACGGGCAGACGCCAAGGCGCGGGCCAAGGUCACGUCGUCGUUGUCUGCCUCGCUGGCGCCCAAGACGCGGCUGGUGGGCGGAGGCGCGGGUGCGACGGACAAGGCGACGCUGGUCAAGAAGGCGGUGCAGGCGCGGGCGGUGAGCGUCGGCUCGAAGACGGAGCAGCAGAAGCGCGGCGCGGCGGGCGUGCAGAAGCGGACCCCCAUGGCGGCGCCCCCGCCGCCUCCGCCGAAAGCUGCUGCGGCGCCCACCAAGCCAGCCGGCACCGAGGUUGCAGUGGGGCCAAAGGCUGCACCGGGCGAGGCUCCAGAGGCCGUCGAGACGCCCUCGACGCCAUCGAGGGCGGCGGCGAGCGCGGUCAAGGCCCCUGCGGCAUCGACGCCUAGCCACGAAGCUGCGGUCGCUGCUGCCGGCGGUGGUUCGCCGAAGCGGACGCCAUUGGGCGCGCGCGACACCAACGUGGUCCGUAAAGGCUCGCCUGCGGCCAACCGGGGCGCGAUCGAGUCUGUCAAAAGGGGCGGGCAGGCCAUGGCAGCCACGGUGGCGCCGCCGGCGGCGACGGCGGCGGCGAGGGAUGCGACGACCCAGGCAGCAGUGUCGCCCUCGGCCCGGAUCGCAGCGGCGAUGAAGAGGCGUCAGGCCGAAGUGGCUGCGAGCCAAGGUCGUCGAGCGGCGGCGACGGCGGCAGUGUCAGUGUCGGACCGGGAUGGCGACAGCAGCAGCAGCAGCAGCGACGACGACGAGGAGGAAGAGGAGGAAGAAGGGAUGCGAGGCGACGAGGCGGCGGUGCUCAGGCGGAGUCGGCAGGGUGCGCUGCAGCUGGUCAUUGGCGACGGGGCGGAUGUGGGCAGCGAUGCCGAGACGGUCGUCAUGGCCAACUGA